GUGCGUUGAGGAGGGAAAAGGAGGAGUCGGUCCGUGAAAAGUCAAUUGUGUGCGUCAGGUGACGAAAGGCCGAAGAAAAAUGUCAGCGGCGUCGAAGAAGCCCAGCUGAGGGCGGUGCAGCAGGAGAGAAAAAGGGGCCAAAGCCGCUCGGAUGUCUGAAUGGGUGGUGUGUGCUCGUGCCGAGGUCGAGGCAGUCAGGUCAACGCUGGCUCGAUCCUCGAUCGCGUGAUCAGCCAGGCGAGCGACGAAGACCAAUGCCUGCUGUACAAAUUAGCCAACUACAAGAAGGGCGGCGAGCUCAUCGACGCGUACAAUGUAGGCGGCCAGGGCGAGGUGGAGAAGCUGAUACGCGAUAAGUUCGGCAUGCUGAUGUACGCCGACGGCAAGGGGCAGACGAUCAAUCGCGCCGAGUACCUCAGAUGGAAGUUUCGCGGUCUGGACGAGGUGAUACUGCCGAUCGAGGCGUCGCUGUCGAGAUUCGACCCGCUGUCCAACUGGAAGGACCACGAGGCCUGCUGGCAGAUGCAGUACCGCGGCUCGUUGGGAGAAACGCUGCUGCACGUGCUCAUCAUCUGCGACACGAGGACGCACACGAGAAUCGCGCGGACGCUCAUCAAGUGUUUUCCACGGCUAGCCAUCGACGUGGUCGAGGGCGAAGAAUAUCUGGGCGCGAGCGCCUUGCACCUCGCGAUCGCCUACGCAAACAACGAGCUGGUGCAGGACCUGGUGGAGUACGGCGCGAUCGUUUCGCAGCGAGCGAUCGGCUCGUUUUUUCUACCGAGAGACCAGCAGAGGCCCAAUCCCGCCAAGAGCACCGAUUACGAAGGACUCGCCUAUCUUGGGGAAUAUCCUCUUGCUUGGGCUGCUUGCUGUGCCAAUGAGAGUGUUUAUAAUUUAUUGCUCGAUUCGGGAGCUCAUCCUGACGAGCAGGAUAGCUUUGGGAACAUGAUUCUGCACAUGGUUGUUGUUUGUGACAAGCUGGACAUGUUCGGCUACGCGUUGCGUCAUCCGAAGCUACCAGCACGCAAUGGCAUUGCGAACGAGGCCGGUUUAACGCCACUGACGUUGGCCUGUCAGCUGGGCCGCGCCGAAGUCUUCCGUGAGAUGCUGGAACUGUCGGCGAGGGAAUUUUGGCGCUACAGCAACAUCACUUGCUCGGCCUAUCCACUCAACGCGCUCGACACUCUGCUGCCUGACGGUCGUACCAAUUGGAACUCAGCCCUAUUUAUCAUUCUCAACGGGACAAAGGAGGAGCACUUGGAUAUGCUGGACGGGGGUAUCAUUCAGCGACUCCUCGAGGAGAAAUGGAAGACCUUCGCUCGGAACCAGUUUCUCAAGCGGCUGUUAAUCCUGGUGUUACACCUGACAUGCCUGUCACUAGCCGUCUACUUUCGUCCCGAGGAUGCCGAGGCUGAGUUGCUCGUGUGGCCCGACGAAGCCAGCGAGUACAUUCGUAUCAUCGCCGAGAUUGGCACUGUUGGCGGUGUCAUUGGUUAUAUCGGCGUGCAACUUGGCGGAGAGUUACUCAACAUCGGCUUCGUCUCAUUCUUCAAACAGUUGACUCACGAGCCGGCCAAAUUCAUAUUCCUCAUCAGCAAUCUCUUGAUCUUGGCAUGCAUCCCGUUCCGCAUGUUGGGCGACAGGCACGCCGAGGACGCCAUUCUCGUAGUAGCAGUUCCGGGCUCUUGGUUUCUCCUCAUGUUUUUUGCCGGGGCAAUACGUCUGACUGGUCCUUUCGUCACGAUGGUCUACAGCAUGAUAAUGGGCGACAUGCUGACAUUCGGCAUCAUCUACACCAUCGUCUUGACCGGCUUCUCGCAGUCGUUUUACUUUCUCUACAAGGGCUACCCCAAAGUCAACCAGACUCUCUAUCACUCCUACCAUUCCACCUGGAUGGCCUUGUUUCAGAUAACUCUUGGCGAUUACAGCUACGCAGACCUGGCUAAGACAAGCUAUCCGAAUUUGAGCAAGACAGUGUUUGCCAUUUUCAUGGUACUUGUGCCAAUCUUAUUGCUCAACAUGCUGAUAGCUAUGAUGGGCAACACGUACGCGCACGUGAUCGAGCAAAGCGAGAAGGAAUGGGUGAAACAGUGGGCGAAAAUAGUGGUGUCGCUGGAGCGCGCAGUGUCGUCGAAGGACGCGCACAAGUAUCUACAGGAGUACAGCAUAAAGCUUGGCCCUGGGGACGACCCGAACGAUCCGGCGAGCGAGCAGCGAGGCGUCAUGGUCAUUAAGAGCAAAUCGAAGACCCGUGCGAGGCAGCGCAAGGGGGCCGUCGCUAAUUGGAAGAGAGUCGGCAAGGUAACUAUCAAAGAGCUGGAAAAGCGCGGCAUGACUGGCGAGGACCUGCGGCGCAUCAUGUGGGGACGCGCGUCCUUCUCGACACCGGUCAGAGCCAGUCCAACCCUGGGGCAAUCAGUGCCAAUGGUGUCAGGCGGCGCUUUCGGGGAAGCUUUGACCGCCGCCCUCGACGUCAUGACCUUUGCCGCGGAUACGACCGAGCAACAGCAGCAGCAGCAGCAGCAGCCAACAGUAGCCAAUGGCGGACCGCCCGUUCAAUCUCAACCCCAACAGCCGCUUAAGACUACAGCUGCUACGACAACGACGACAACACCGAGUACAGCCGUCACAACUGCCACGGUGGUUAAAUCCAAAACUUCAUUGGACCAAAAAGCCUCGGCCAAGACUGCAAUUACGCCGCCUGUUAAGAAGAGUGCGACUGUUUCAGCAAUCGUGCCAAGUACGAGCCAAGUAGACGCAGCGACGGAGGGCCAGCAUCCGAGCAGCCAAGAUCCACUGCUGGACUUGAUGAUCGCGUCGACGGAGAGAACGGAUGCGGACGAAGAGACGCUACAGCGCUUGGCCCGUUCGGCGCGGAUAGCCGGCGAAAGCGCCGUCGCGGCGGCCGUCAAGUCCGAUAUCGAUCUUCUGGAGAGACUUGCCUUGGGUGGCCUCGGCCUCGCCAACGCUCAACCCGAACUACAACCUAUCGCGCCGCAGCCCAAACGAAAGCAGUAUCUCGUCGAAUCCAGUGACAAUGACAUUUGCGCAAACGAGGGCCAACUGGGUUUGGAGGCACGACUGCGUCGCAUCAGGUCAGCGAACAGUCGCAGGAAGUCCGGCCAGCAGCAGCAGCGCAGCAUAGACGCGAGCUCACUGUCGUCCCUCGACAACGAUACUUCCGGUUACCGGCCACUGGUCAACGAGCCGGACGUACCUACGCUUCUGCCUGCGAGUACUAACCUCGAGGACAAUAAGAACGGGAAGCAGCAGCCGCAGCAACGCAAGAGGCCCGGGACAACCGCGAGAAAUCGGGUAGCACCAAUAGAGCAAGCUGAGCCAGCAGCAGUAGCAGCAGCAGUAGCAGCAACAGCAGCAGAGCCGGACGUAGAGACCGUCGACCCCUUGGAGCCCUGGAGCACGCGCGGCAUCAAAAACAUGAACGCGAUACUCGCGUGGAAGGAUGAAGAAGCUACGGGCAGCCCUUAGAUCUUCUCCUUUUGUCUCGCCAGAGAGAAAGAGAGAGAGAGACGGGAGAGAGCUUUGCAGAUAAAGAUCCCCGGAAGCCGCGCUCGCUUUUAUUUACUCGCAAAAAAAAAUUCGAGCUCAAAGACAUCUCAGUCUUUUUUUGUCGGCGUCGACGACGACAAAAGCCUACUGGCAUGAGCUAUAUUAUAAAUUUCCUUUUUUUCUUCUCGUAACGUCAGAUGAUCUGGUUAUUGUUUUGAAUCUUGAAUUUUCUCAGACAUUGCGAGUGACAGAUUCAUGUUAGAAAUGGUUUUUUACAAAUAAUUGGUUUGUUUUCCUUUCCACGCAGAGAAAAUAAGAAUUAACUGUGCCUGUUGUUA